UAGUACUUCCGGUCUGUAUAUUUUCCGAAGGAGCGCAGAUUUUGAGUUUGUUUAAUGUGGAUGAUGUCAUUUGGUCUUCAACCAUGAGUGAUGUUGCCAUAGAAACUGGAAGCAUCAUGGAGGAUAACAAAACGACAAUGACGACGACAACAUCUGAGACAACAGAAUCCACAAAUAAUGACAAUAGUGAUUCAAGCUAUUUAAGUUUUUCCAACCCAAAUUAUCAAUUUGAAGACUGCUUAAACUCUAAUAAUAACAACAACCUUGAGACAAGCUCCUUAAACGACACAAGUGAUUCCACAGAGAAAAAAGAUCGUAAGAAAUAUGCAAAUUUAGAUUUGUCUGAUCUGGGUAUUCCGUCUAGUCCCUCAUCUCUCACUAGUCCCGGUACACCGAGUCGAAAUCUUGUUCUUCAUAAACUUAACUCUCCUUUUAGUGAGGGAGAAAAUAGCGAGGAUGAGAGUUUUGAGAAUUGUUUGGAAGAAGAUCUGUCAGAGAAGGACCUGUUAUCGGAUAAAACGGACAUCCGGAAAGCAGUGUCAUACCGUUUGAAUGAACAGCCCAGUAGUUUUCUCGGAUAUUACAGUAUGUUGGAAGCGAAGGCGAGGGAAUCGGCAGCCACUAAUAUCGAUGCUCCAGACAGCAAUGACGACGAUGACUUUGAAUUAACGGAAGAAGAGGAGACAACUCCGAUGAUGAUCAGUUCUAUUAGUAAAAAAUUUGGUGACAGUCUAGGAAUUAACUCCCCUGAUUCUAAUGAUAGCGGGAUCCAAUCAGAUUCAAGAUCUGAAGCUGGAACACCUCAUACUAAUGGAGAUGCUGAAGCCAAUAAAAAAUCAGAAGAAAAGUCUGCUGUUAAACAGGAAGAAGAGGUUAAGGAAACAACAGAAGAAGAUAAAACUGAUGGUGAAGAAAAAUUACCAACUGGCUGGGAGAAAUAUGAAGAUGAAGAUGGACCAUAUUAUUGGCAUAUUAAAAGUGGAACAAUACAGAGAGAGUUACCUUCCCCUUCUCAGGGUGAUUCACUUCGUUCAGCCCUAACUAAUGAUGUGAGUAACCAUAGUCUGAGUUCUCUCCCUUCUACACCAACCAGUAUCUCCUCCAAUACAGAAGAACAUUUACAGGAGUUUGAAGGCCAUGCUCUUCAAUAUGCUGCCAAAUCUCUUCAAUCACUGUGCUCUCAACCGCCAUGUCAACAAGUUAAAACAGAUCAUGUGACAGGCGAGAAACCAAUCAGAUACGCUGUUAGGUCAUUGGGUUGGGUCAGUAUUGCGGAAGAGGAUCUAACACCAGAGCGUAGUAGUAAGGCUGUCAAUAAAUGCAUUGUAGAUCUAUCUCUAGGACGUAAUGAUAUUAACGAUGUUGUUGGCAGAUGGGGAGAUGGGAAAGAUUUGUUUAUGGAUUUGGAUUCAAAGAGUUUACGUCUGGUAGAUACACAGGAUUUUAGUGUUCUUAACUCUCAGUCUAUUCAUUCCAUUAGAGUUUGGGGUGUCGGUCGUGAUAAUGGAAGAGAUUUUGCAUAUGUUGCCCGUGACAAGAUGUCUAGACGUCACAUGUGUCAUGUGUUCCGCUGUGACAACCCGGCUCGUCAGAUCGCCAAUACAUUACGCGAUAUUUGUAAGAAGAUCAUGUUGGAACGUACACUACAGCAGACGACGAUGAAGUUAAACAGGCCCACCGAUUUACCCAAUCUAGAGAAAAUGGGCCAGCCGAACGGAGGUCAGAAAAUGUAUCAAUCUGUGAAUUUUCCUACUCCUAUGGAGGAACCCAAAAAAUCCAUUCGCUGUCAUUAUCUAGGAACUGAAAUAGUGCCCAGAGCAACAGGUAUGGAGAUAUUAAACGUGGCUGUAAAUAGAGUGUACGAUCGUAUCCCACCAGAAAGAUGGCAUUUUGUUAACGUCUCUAUCGCACCAUCAACUAUUACAAUUGCAGAGAACGGAAAUCCUGAGAACAAGAUAGAUGAAAUACGUGUGAGGUUUUUAUCUUUCAUGGGCAUAGCCAUGUCAAAUGUCAAAUUAUGUGCAUUUGUUGUUCAUACAGCAGAGAAUCUGUUUGUAGCACAUGUAUUUCACUGUGAACCAUCAGCUGGUCCUCUAUGUAAAACUAUAGAAGCUGCUUGUAAGUUGAGAUACCAGAAGUGUAUGGAUGCUCAUCCACAAAGUCCUAAAACACCACCUAGUCAAGGAAAGACCACGACACAGGCUCUGUUACCAGCCAGUUUUAAAACAACAGUCAAAGCAGGGGUCACUGCUGGUGUUCAAGGGGUCAAGGCAGGAGUUCAAGGGGUCAAGGCUGGUGUUCAAGGGGUCACAAAUUUAUUAUCUAGCUUUAAAAGCAAGAGAACUGGUCAGUUAUGAGAUUAUCCUAGUCAUUGAAGAAUAGCCUACGAUCAGUAAUGUGUUCAAUAGCUCAGCUCACCUCACCCAAAUAAUAAAUGGAGAAAAAAGGAUAACCUUUAUAAAGGGGAGAGAACUCAAGUGAAUAAGGCAGACAUCUCACCAGAAUAAGGGGAGCCGGCAUACUCCUGGUUUAAAGGGUGACUCUUCAUUUUAUCAUGGACCUUAUAAUACCCCAUGAUUUUAUAAAGAGCUUUUUGAAAAAGACGCAAUCUAUUUAUAGUAAUUGGUACUGUAAUUUUAGCCAAGCUUUUAAAUAUUUGACAAUGAUGUAGAUAAUGUUACAAUGUAUUUUAUUUUAGGAUGGUUUAUUAGAACUUGUGUUCUGGUCACAUGAUUUUGAAAAUAAAAUAUAAUCCAGGUUACUCAAAUUUAACCACUUUACAAUCCAAAAACUAAUUGCACACACAAAAUAUGAGUUUUCAAGACUUUAUUUAAUCACUGAUGUAAACCAAUUAGCUAAUAUCGAUGUUUAGAAUUUGAUAGAAAUUUGUAAAAUUUAAGCCGAGUUUGUACACAGCUUUGAAAAAUAUAUAUUUCAAUAAAGGCUGCAAUAAUAGAAGGUUAGCGCAACCAUGUUAUAAUGUAAGUCAUAUGUCCAGCUAUAUAGAUCUUGAUCUUUCUCUGCUGUUACAAUACCUUCCCUUGGUAAUUCUUGUAAUGAGAUAGUUCUGAUUGGUCCCAGACUGGAAAUACAAUUGAUAUUUAAUCUCGGUCAUCUAAUAACAAAUAACAUUCAUCCUCACCUGGGUGCCCAAAUGAUUUAAUGCAGGCACUUGUGAUCGUAAAUCUGUCAUUACUGAAAGUGUCAGGAUUUUGAUCCUGCAUUUGUAUUUGUCAGGAAGUAAGAUCUCCAGUCUAACCUCAUGGGUUUAUCCCAGUUCUCUGUUUUCUUCCCACAGUCUCAAAAUGACCUAAUAAACUCCUCCUUCCCCUGCCCCUCUCUGUCUCACCCUCCCUCCCUCCCUAUCCAUUCUUACUAAGGGAAGCUGAUUGAACAAGUAGAAGGGAAGGAUCAAUAUGUAAAUUAACAGUGUAAGAUAUUAGUGUAGCUGAAAUGAAAGUUGUUCUGAGAGACAGUACUAAAUUAACAAGAAAUCAGUUACAAUGUUAUACUAGUAUUUACAUUAGAAAUUGUUGAUAUCAUUGGUAUUACUAUCUAGCUUGAUGUAGCUUUUAAUUUGUCAAUGAGGAAAUUAUUAAUGAACUAUUGGCUCAAGGUUAAUUUAAUUAGAUCACCUAUUUUUAACUGAAAAUAUAUAUUUCUUAUAAUAAAAUUAUGGACUCACGCAGUGAUCAGUACCAUACGUUCACAAUAAAUAAAAUCACAAAGAAAUCCUAUCCUGUCAAAUUAAAUUUGAUAAUAUAUCAUCAAUAUAGUAAUUGUUUAACAUGUAAAGGAAUCAGUUGCUUUGGAUUUCCUAAUAGGAAAUCAAUGCAGAUCAGAUUUCCAUUUUAGUUUAGAUGGCUUUAGAAGAGGGAUAGUCUCACAAAUAAUAUAAAUGUGAAUACUCAGAACCACUGCAUUUAAGUGUAACAAUAAUGUGUUAUAAUCAGUUAUAUAAUAUGUAAUAUUUAUUGAUUCCGUCAAAUUAUGUUUUAUCUUGUGUUCUGUAUAUGUGUAUAUAUAUAUAAAAUUGUGAUUUCUCAAUCUUAAUUACUUGUAAGCUUUUGCUACUUUUACUUUUGCUACUUUCACUUUUCAUGCUUAUCAAUCAAAACCAUUUUACUUUUUAAGACCCGUCAAUAUUAACAUUUUAGGAGGAAGUUUGGUUGUAUCAUUUUAGUAUAAAAAGUAAUGCUUCUUUCCAUGCAAAGAUUCCUUGCAUAUUGAAUCAAAAUUAUGUUACCAGGCUUGCAUGUAUAUAUACUAGUUAUCUGAAUUUACUGUUUUAAAAGUUUGCCCCAUCGUUACUAUAGCAACCGAAUGUAAAUAUGUUAGUGAUAAAUGUAUGAUUGUUAUUAUUUUAUGUGAUUUUAGUGAUCAUCUUGCCUGCCAUACACAUGUAUAUUAAUUAUUAUACUUUAGUGCUCAAAGGUCAAGGACAUUGUUCAGCCAUGACCUUUGACCUUAAGUUAUAGGUCAAGCUUUAUGUACCCUGUAUAAUAAAGAGAAAAGUAGUGCUAGAUGCAGCUUUAUUUAGCAACAACAGUGAACAGGAUCUGUAAAAAGGUUAAUGAUUGUAAUAUUUUAUUGCAUAAUUUCAAUUUUUAGUAAUGAAUAGUUCUUUUUGAUUGAUAUGAUUAUUUAAAUGGGAUGUGUCAUUCUGAAGGUUGUUGAUAAUUCCUUAGUAUUAACAAAUUAAAAACCUCCUACGAAUAAAAAAACAAAUAAAAGAAGCGUACAAAAGUAGCCUAUUCCAGAAGUAGGGUGGUCAUUGUAGUCUUGCUUGUUCAUUCAAUAAAUAUGAUCUAAACAACACUGAACAAAUUUCUUUCAUGCAUAGCAGGAAUAGACUGGUUGACAGAGAGAAUUGUAUAGUCUCGAAUCGCCAGACCUGUAAUUGAGGCAACCAAAUUAUUCAGCUAAAUAUUAAUGGGAAUACAUAUAGUAUGCAUUGCAUGGAUAUAUCUCUGCAGGUAUGGCUUAUUGCAUGGAUAUCUGCAGGUAUGAUUUCUACAUAAUAUUGCUUUAUGUUACAGAUCGCUUUUAAAUUUUAACAGGACCACCCUACCAGAAGUUUUGUAUUUAUUUAGACCAAAUUUGGGUAUUUUAAAAAAAUCUUCUUUUCUUCUUAAUGAAAUGAAAUCUAAAGUGAAUCUUGCUAUGUAAAAAAUAUAUCUCAUUUAAACACAUAUCAUAAUUUAUGUUUCCAAUAUUAUUUUAUAAGUUAUUUGUAUUAAACAUUUUGAAUUUGCAUAAUUUCAAGUUUAAAGUGAUUUUUAUUUUGUUUUUCAAUCGGAUAUUAUUUUGUAUUUUACAUUAAAGAAAUGAUUUUACUUAUAUUGUAUUUGAUAAUAAAGGGCUCUGAUUGUUUUACUUGUUGGACUAAGUUCUGGCACAAGAUGACAUUUCUGAAAUCAGGCAACAUGUGAAAAGGGUCAAAAUUUUUGGGGAAACUUAAAUUAACUGGAGGGAAGGGGAUAAUAGUUAUGGCAAAUCCGGUAAAUUAUUCACGAAAUCUUAUUAUAAAGAUAAUUUAAAUAUUUUGCUUUUUUAUCGCCUGAAAGUUACUUUAAUAUAAAUAUACAUCUGAGAUAUUAGCCAAUGACCAAGCGGUAUUAGUAAUGCAAAAAUUCCAUUAAGAAAUUAUAGAGAAAUGUUUAACGUAUAUAAGUGAAUAUACCCUAGUGAUUUUUAGACAUAUUUUACAUUAAGUAAUGUGUUUUUAUACGCCCACAUUGAAAUGUGGUCGUAUAUUGUCGUCGCCCCCAUCCGUCGUCCACAAUUGCUUGUGGACGCUCUAGAGGCUAAAGUUAAUAUCCGAUUGACUUUAAAUUUAUAUACAGUGUUUAAGGCCAUGAGACGAAGAAGCCUAUUGAUUUUCAGCGAUUUCCGAUAAUUACUGCCAGAGUUAUGGCCCUUGAUCACUUCAAAAAAUCUUGUGGACGCUCUAGAGGCCAAAGUUAAUAUCCGAUUGACUUUAAAUUUAUACACAGUGUUUAAGGUCAUGAGAUGAAGAAGCCUAUUGAUUUUCGGCGAUUUCCGAUAAUUACUGCCAGAGUUAUGGCCCUUGAUCACUUUAAAAAAUCUUGUGGACGCUCUAGAGGAUAAAGUUAAUAUCCGAUUGACUUUAAAUUUAUACACAGUGUUUGAGGUCAUGAGGCGAAGAAGCCUAUUGAUUUUUAGCGAUUUCCGAUAAUUACUGCCAGAUUUAUGCCCCUUGAUCACUUCAAAAAAUCUUGUGGACGCUCUAGAGGCCAAAGUUAAUAUCGGAUUGACUUUAAAUUUAUACACAGUGCUUAAGGUCAUGAGACGAAGAAUCCUUUUGAUUUUCAGCAAUUUACGAUAAUUACUGCCAGAGUUAUGGCCCUUGAUUAUUUUGAAAAACCUUGUGGACACUCUAGAGUCUAAAGUUAAUAUCCGAUUGACUUUAAAUUUUAUACACAGUGUUUAAGAUCAUGAGACGAAUAAGUGUAGUCAUUUUCAGUGAUUCUCGAUAAUUACUGCCAGAGUUAUGGCCCUUGAUCACUUCAAAAAACCUUGUGGAUGCUCUAAAGGCUAAAGUUAAUAUCUGAUUGACUUUAAAUUUAUACACAGUGUUUGAGGUCACAAGGUGAAUAAUCCUAUUGAUUUUCAAAGAUUUCUGAUAAUUACUGCCAAAGUUAUGGCCCUUGAUCACUUUGAAAAAUCUUGUGGACGCUCUAGAGGCCAAAGUUAAUAUCCGAUUGACUUCAGAUUGAUACACAGAGUUUAAGAUCUUGAGACAAACAAGUAUAUUGAUUUUCAAUGAAUUUUUAUGACUUGGAAUACAUGAUACAGUAUUAAAAGUUUUGUAUACAAAAUGUUAGCAUGGGGCAGAACUUUAUAAAAACCAAACAAAUUCUAAUGGUUUUCUGAGUUGUUGCUCUUAAUCAGAUUUUAGUGUAUUUUAAAUGUUUCAUUACCGAAAAAAGUAAAAAUAUGCGACAACUCUUGUUGACUGCCCGGACGAUUUAGCUGCUGUGGGCGUAUGCUUUGUUGCCUGGCAACCUAUCUUUAUGCUUGUAUUUAUUUUUCAUAUUGUUUACCUUGUAGGAUAUCUAAUUUUAUUUUUUAAUCACCAUCGGAAGAAAAGUUAUUAUUAUUAAUUACAAUUUUUGGAUGAAAUUUUAUUAAUUACAAUUUUGGAAGAAAUGUUAUUGAUUACAAUUUUUGGAAGAAAUUUUAUUAAUUACAGCUUUUUGUAUUAAAUAAUUAUUGUUACUUCAUGUCAUACAAUGUAUAUUUAAGUGAAAUACGACUUGAUUUCAUUUUAGAAUCAGUCAAAUUCAAAGUAGAUCAUUAUUUCUUUAGAGUGGAAUUUGGUGGUCCAGAGGCCUAAUAUGUAUGCUUUAGCAGCUUUAGAUCAUAAGGUCUGUUAAUGAGUCAACUGGCAUAGUUUCUGUCUGAAGCCUGGGUGUGACAAUGAGUUGGCUCACCUUCCCAACCUUUUGGAUUUCCUAUCUGUCCUUCGUGCAAGUGCAUUGUUUUUGGUCCUGAAAUAAUAUAGCUAGUUUGUGUUAAAAAGAUGUUAAUCCCAAUUUCUCAAUCAAUUUCUUUACAAAUUAGAUAUUUUAUUAGUCAAACUACUUCUUUAUAAGUUGUCUGUUUCUUAAUCAUUUGCCAAGUUCAAAUGCAAAACGUCACACCCGGCACUAACUUUUUAAAGAUGUUAUUCGAUUUUUAAUAUAAGUAUUAAGACAUAAUAUCUGUGAAAAAUAUAAAGAAAGAAUGAUCUAAUUUUUUUAUUAGCCUGAUUUUAAAAGAAAAGACAAACACAACAAUCCCAAACUUGUUAGCUAAAAAUAUUUUAAAACUUUUACUUACAAGAUGUUGUAUAUUUAGAUAUAUUUAGCUUAUGAAAAUAUAUUCCAGCACUGUAGUUUAGCUUAUCAAAGUAUCACACAUUUUUGUAGAACAAUAUUAAUACUUACACCAUAUUAUAUCCAUUCAAUUUCAAGGGAGGAGAAGAUACUCGCCUCAAAUAUAUUAAUAUUUCAUUGGGAGUUACUUUCCCUUUAAAUAACAAUAUUUUAUUGUCAAAUGAAAAGCUUAUAGUGUUGGACCUGCAUUGGGUUGUCAUUAAUCACGUGACCUAAAUUGCUUUAAAUCUUGAUUGAUGAAAAGAAAAGAAGAGUAUAAUACACAGACAUAA